AUGAAGUUCACUACCGGCAUCACAGCCCUCCUUCUUGCCGUCUCCGCGGUAGCCAUGAAAGCCGACUGGAAAAAGGCGAAGGAGAAGGAGAUGGAGAUGGAGAAGGAGAAGGAGAAGGGUUGGGGCGGCCACUACCCUCCGAUUCCGAGCGACAUGACAGUAAAAGAGGCAACAAAGAAGUGCGGUGACCAGGCCCAGCUCUCCUGCUGCAACAAGGCCAUCCGCGCCGGCGACGUUACCGACAUCGGGGGUACGCUGAAGAACGUUGCCGGCGGCGGAUCUGGCAUCGGCGGCUUGGAGAUUUUCGACCAGUGCUCCAAGCUCGACCUUCAAAUUGCUAUUAUUGCGAUCCCUAUCCAGGAUAUCCUGAAUGAUGUAUGCAAAGAGAAUGUGGCCUGUUGCAUGGACAGCCCCGGCAGUGCAGCCGACGAUUUGCUUGGGCUCGACCUCCCCUGUAUCGCACUGGGAAAUCUGCUGUAG